CUUCUGGCUUUUUGCACAAAAUGAGAGGAAAUGCGAGUUUUUGCCUGUGUGAUCACAGCAGACACGAGUUUAGACCCUGAUCGUGUGUGUGACUGACACGACUCUGAUACUGAAGCUGCACUUGUGAGAAUUAUCAGUUAAUUGGGCCAUUCAGGAACUGUGACGAAAUCAUUAAAAAAGGAGGAAGACGAAGAAGUGAUGGAGGACCCGCUACGAAACUAACCCAGAACUUACAAAAAAUGACGUUGAUUUUAAAUAAGGGCGCUAACAGCACGUUUUAAAUGACCUACAACAUUUAACUAAGUUUUUUUUUUUUUUUUUUUUUUUUUUUGCUUUACCAUGCGUAACAGAUGGAUACGCCGGAGGUUGCUUGUCAUAAUUUUCACCUUCUUCAUCAUUCUCUACGUGGAUUUUCAGCUUCGAACCAGCAGCCUUCCCAAAGUUAUAGUGGUUCACCAUCCAUCACCCGGUGCGAUCCACCACCGGACCAUCCAGCAGGCUGCCUUCCUGGUCAAGGACGCGCAGAACCCGGCGAAAAGUACCAGAAGCAGCGGCGAAACAGCAUUGGCCGACGGAGGUCGCUCGGUGCCCGAGGACGCACAUGUCAGCCAGCCCGAACUCAAGGUGGAGGACGUCUACAUAGCUUUGAAAACCACCGGGAGGUUCCACAAGACGCGCCUCGCGCUUCUUUUGGAGACCUGGAUCUCCAGAACCAAAGCGCACACGUUCAUUUUCACAGACACAGAGGAUGUGGACCUAACUUCAGAAGGUUAUAACAUGGUGGUAACAGACUGCCAGUCUGAUCACAGUCAGCAGGCUCUGUCCUGCAAGAUGUCUGCAGAGUACGACGGUUUCAUGGCCUCAAACAAGAGGUGGUUUUGUCAUGUGGACGAUGAUAACUAUGUCAACCCAGAAGCUCUCCUCUCCCUGCUGUCAGCCUUCCCCCAGGAAGGUGACAUCUACGUGGGCAAGCCGAGCCUGGACAAGCCCAUCACUGCUCAUGAACUGCUGGAGGGCAACGCAACGAGGGAGGUGCGGUUCUGGUUUGCAACAGGUGGAGCAGGCUUCUGCCUGAGUCGAAGACUGGCAGAGAAGAUGGCUCCGUGGGCCAGUGGCUCCCAGUUCGUGAGAACCUCAGCUAAGAUCCGUCUUCCUGAUGACUGCACUGUGGGGUUUAUUGUGGAAAAGCGACUGGGAAUCUCCAUGGUCCACUGUCCUUUAUUCCACUCGCACCUGGAAAACCUGCUGCUCAUCAGCCAGAGAAGCAUACCACAGCAGGUGACACUGAGCUAUGGGAUAUUCGAGAAUAAGAUGAACAGCAUCGAGGUAAAAGGGAGCUUCUCGAAGGAGGACGAUCCCUCCAGGUUUAAGACUGUCCACUGCAUCCUGUAUCCCCUCACCAGCUGGUGUCCAUGAGUACCCCCUAAAGACGACAACAUCCAAACACCUGAGACAAAGCUGGUAUCCAGCUGGAUGUAGUAUUUUACCUUUACCUGCAGAAAAAUGGACCGAUUCAUUUUGGUGGAGCAAUUCCGGAAUAACGGAAUAACGGUGAAUCGGACUUAAUCUGUGUUCCACAACGCCUCACCUACCACUGAUCAACACAGACUGUAAAAGAGGGAUCUAGACAUCAUCUGUUUUUGGACUCCCAUUCCGAAGCCAUGAUUUAAUGUUUGGCCAUUGCUGUGUUCGUCUUUUAGAGCCACAAGAGAAGAGGGUGAAAUUCAGAAAUUAGGCGCUAAUGUAGCAAGCUUAGUUAUCAAGGCUGGUCCACUGAGUCUAUAGCUGAGCUGCAUAGACACAGAUACUGGUUAUCUAGUGUUAAGUAACAUACAGAUGAAAUACUAAAUUUUCCCUCAGCAAAAAUGUCUUGGACUUAUUGAACCACAAAGCAUCUUACAUGUAAGAUAACUGCAAUUAAAAUGCUACAAGAGGCACUAUUGCCACAAAUACAGGUGAAGGGUCUAGGUCAUCGAAUCAAAUUAGCUGAUGUGAAGUCUUGGAGACAGCUCGUUUCAUAGCUGUCAGUUAUUAAUGAGUGGAUGCUCCUGAUAGGACAAAUGUUACGGUGCGUUCACACCGAGCGCGAUAGACGCGACCAAAAAGCGCAACACUCCCCUAGCUGGUCGCGUGCACAUUCGCACCUCGAAGCGCGUCCAAAGCGAACUGGUCGCGCUUUAAAAUAUGCAAUUUUCACGUGCGUGAAGCGGAAAUGUGGGAGGAAGUAGUGCCAGACGGUAUGUCUGCAAGACAGCAGCUGUCGAUCUAGCAUUUGAAGAGAGAGUCUCCCUUCUCUAUUCACUGUGGAGAGCAGAGCAGCGGCGUAAAGGACGCUUUACACAUUAGUCAUUACAAAAAUUUAUUUGAAAUAAUAUUAAGAUGCUCAAACAGAAAAACAUUAAACAGAAAUAUAUAAAAUAUAACUAUUUACAGAGACGCAGGAAUAAAAAGGACCCAGCUUAAAGUCGAAGAGCCAAGGAGAGAAGGAGGAGAAAAAUAAGAACAUUGUUUCUGCCCUGGAGAGCCUGCUGCCUCAUCAGAAAACUACUGAUUGCUAGAAUGAAUGGCUUUGGCUGGACCUGCCCCUUUGAACUACGUCAGAGCAUCAUGUCACCAGGCUCCUGAUUGGUUGUCACGGUGCGACUUGACGCUGGAGUUCAUAUUUUUCCAACUCGAGCGGUAGAUGCGAUAAGCAUGAAUGCACAAAAUGCACCACACAAACUGCAGCGCACAUUUUACUUCACGCUUCAAACGUGUCAGUCGCACUACUUGGUUGCGCGAAUCAGGCAGAAAAGCGUUUUUGGGACGCAAAUCUGCGACUGACCCCCAGUCACGCUUCAUCACGCUCCUCCAUUGACUUUACAUGUAAAUCUGAAGCUCUGGUCGAGUCUAUCGCGUUCGGUGUGUACGCACCGUUAAGCCUUAAAAAAAUUAAAAUGAUGAACUAGAUAAAAAAUUCCACUGCAAAGCAGUUGUUAUAAAUGGGGAAAGUAACUCUAGGCACAAAAACUUUCCUUGUUCAAGGCUGUAAACCUGUUUAUUUGUGGUAUUUUAACACAGGAGUCUGUGGGAUUUAUGGGGACGGUAUUUUUUCGAGCCAGUUUUUCAGCUUCUUUUUGCACAGCGCUGCGGUUUCAUUUUCAGAUGUCAUCUGGUGACAGCACCAGCUGUUAUGCACUCAAAACUUUGGCUUUAGAAAAAUGUAUGAAAUACAAAAUUUAUUUUUCUACUUUAAAUCUGUGUUAAAAUGUUCAAAUGAAAUUGUUACAUCAAAUGAAAUGAAAUGAAUUUUUUGUGACAAAUGAGCACUUAAGAUGAUUGUGGAUUUUGGUUGUUGUGUGUGCUGAGAUCUUUUGUCAUUUUGCUGGCAAGUGGGAAAAAUUAAAAUGUUAUAGACUCA